UCAUCCACGGAACCUGCAACCUCUGGCCAAUAUUUGGAUACCCAGGGGCUCAGGAAUACCAAAAAACGCUAGAUAGUGGAGAAGCAUGCAGCAUGCAUCGCGAGCUGCAGUUGUUUGCUGAGCAAAGGACCCAGACUCCAGAGCCAGGGCACGCGGAGCGGAGCGCGGUGUGCUGCUGCCAGAUGCAGAGAUAACCAGGCUCGCCAGGUUCACCGGGAACUAGCGUCGGGGGAGAAUGGGGCAGGGGCCAUCAAGCCCUACAAUAAAAUGGUAUGGACAACUUCAACGUUACAAUCCAGUCAACGCAUCCUUUGACAAGGUCCGUUCGAGAAAAGCUCUGGAAGGGAGAGCAAGACGCCCUCAAGUUCUCAACACCCUCAAGAAACGGCGCAUUGGCCCCUUGCAGAUGGCCUGUGCUUUCGCCCUUCUCGGCUUCUCCUGAAUUGAUCAUUCUGUCCAAUCCGCUUUCCCCAACAGAACCACAUAUUUGGGGGAGGCUGGUGCAUACCGCUAAAAUCUGCACUUUCGACAUUUUUAGUCGUUGUCAGUCGCUGUCAAGCUCAGCGACCGAAGCCAUUCGUUCUAGUGUCAAGCGGUCGCUGCGGCUGUCAUUGGUGUGGCCAUCAAUUAGUUGCUCAAUGGCGAUUAGAAAGGCGCCCUUUCGCCGGGUUCCACGGAUUCGAUGUGAUCAACCUGCUGAAACCCAGGCUGUGUUACCCCAGAUAGGCCCAAGCUCCCGGUAGAGAUAGCCAAAGCACCACAGACGAACACAGCUUUUCCUGAGCUUCCGUUAAACUAGCAUGGACAAUGCGUGACAGCACAAAAGGGCGUUGACGUUGACGUUCAGGUUGCUAGUAAGUACCGGUACCUACUUUAACAUUAGAACGAUGAGAUCCAUUCUUUCCGCUCCGUCCGGUUUACCCAG